GUGACUUGAAUGAUUUCGAGCAUUCCUGGACCGCGCUAAAAAAACAAAACAAAACUGAAUUAGUCUCUUGUAAGGUUGGAAAUGAGUUGCCAUCCAGACAACCUGCAGCGACACAGAAAACAUUGGAGCAAAUCCUUUUUCUAGAAGAAAGAAUCUGGGUGUUUUGGUCUCAUGUCAUCAGCCUAAAUCGAGUGAAUCACCGUUGCGGGUUUUUGGAAAAUGAACUGAAAAAUGUCGGGGAUGGAAAGGAUCCUUUGAGCUUCCAAUAUGCAAGCGUAUCACCCAAGGUGUGAAACAACGAUGAGCAGCUCAGAGAAGUCCUUGCUGUAGUAACCAAAGAACCGAGAUUUGGCUCUCUGGGGAAAACGCCAGCUCCAAGCCAAACUGGAGAACUUAGAGCAAGUCCUAAAGCAUAUGAGAGAGGCUGCUGAACGGCGGCAACAGCUGGAACUAGAGCAUGAACAGGCCUUGGCUAUUCUCAACUCAAAACAGAAGGAAAUUGAACUGUUGCAAAAGGCUCAGGUUGAGGCAAAGAAAGAACAUGAGGGAGCGAUCCAGCUGCUAGAGGCCAAAGUUUGCGAGCUCGAAGAGAAAUGUCGGACGCAGAGUGAGCAGUUCAACCUCCUGUCCAAGGAACUGGAAAAGUUUCGGCAACAAACUGGGAAGUUUGAUCUUCUAGGUACUAACCUGUUGGCCUCCUCGGCUCUCCCGGGUUCUCCUAGCAAAACUUUAGCCCAAUUGAUGAACGGAAUUGCCGCCUCUUUGGGUCAAGAUCAUGAAAGUCCCUCCCGAGGCCAGUUUGUGAUCUCUGAGUAUACACAUCCCCUGCAGCUGUCUGGUGACAAACCAGAACAACUCUCCAUCAGACCAGCUUUCCUCGUCCGCUCGCGUUCUGGCAUCCCAAGAUGCAGAUUUGAAUCAGGCAUGGAGAACGAACGGAAUUCUAAUACCUCAAAGCAAAGAUAUUCGGGGAAAGUCCACCUGUGCAUUGCCCGAUACAGUUACAACCCAUUUGACGGGCCAAAUGAAAACCCCGAGGCAGAACUUCCUCUCACCGCUGGAAAAUAUCUCUAUGUGUACGGAGAUAUGGAUGAAGAUGGCUUUUUUGAAGGUGAACUUCUAGAUGGACAGAGAGGCCUGGUUCCAUCCAACUUUGUGGAUUUUGUGCAGGAUGAGUCUCGUUUAUCCAGCGGGUUGGGCAGCGAGCCAGAACAGAAUGUCCUCAAUCACAGUAGUCACCCGGUCGAAGGAGAAGGUCUCCAGGAUACCAGUUUACCGGCCCAGUUAAACGCCGGCGUCCUCAACAAUGGUGCAGGAACUCUGGAUGUGAACAUUGAUGAAAUUGGAGAAAACAUUGUGCCUUACCCUAGGAAAAUAACCCUUAUCAAACAAUUAGCCAAAAGUGUCAUUGUGGGCUGGGAAUCUCCAGUCGUGCCACCUGGAUGGGGAACCAUCCAUAGCUACAACGUCUUGGUAGACAAGGAAGUACGCAUGACCGUCCCCUUGGGGAGCAAAACGAAAGCUCUCAUAGAAAAAUUGAACAUCGCGACUUGCACUUAUCAGAUAUCCGUUCAAAGCGUCACCAGCCGGGGGAAUUCCGACGAACUGCAGUGCACCUUGUUGGUCGGGAAAGAUGUCAUCGUGGCACCUUCGCACCUUAAGGUCGACGGCGUCACCCAGAUUUCGGCGGAGAUCAGCUGGCUCCCCACGAACAGCAACUACAGUCACGUCAUCUUCCUCAACGAAGAGGAAUUCGACAUUGUCCGGGCUGCCACCUACAAGUAUCAGUUUUUUAACUUGAAACCCAACAUGGCCUACAAGGUUAAAGUUUUGGCCAAGCCCCAUCAGAUGCCCUGGCAGCUGCCUUUGGAGCAACGCGAGAAAAAGGAAGCUUUCGUAGAAUUUGCGACCUUGCCAGCAGGUCCGCCAGCUCCACCUCAAGACGUUCGAAUUCAAGCUGGUCCAACUCCUGGAAUAAUCCUGGUUUCUUGGAAGCCACCAGUCCUCUCCGCCACGGGGACCUCCAACGGAGCCAAUGUGACUGGCUAUGGUAUUUAUGCAAAAAGUCAAAGGGUGGCUGAAGUGAUGUUUCCAACCGCAGAGAACAGCACCGUGGCGUUAGCCAAAAUCCAGAGCCUGGAUGCCAGAGAAGUCCUUGUCCGGACACAGUCUGCCCAAGGGGAGUCCAUGGACUCGUCGAGCGCUCCCAUCCCACCUGACUUACUGGUGCCUCCCCACCCUCCGCCAGCUUCCAAAUCUAAGCCAUUAUCAAGUGCCAGUGUCCCAGAUACCAAAGAGGAACAUUUGUGUCCCCACGGGAAAAGGGACGACUCCUGGGAACAGACCCACGCGAACUCUCCCAUCCACGGACACACUCUGGAACCUCCCAACUUCCACAGCCCGCUUCACGGGCGGCGGUCGCCGUCUCCCAACCGGAUCCUCCCGCAGCCGCAGGGCACCCCUGUCCCUAACACGGUCGCCAAGGCCAUGGCACGAGAGGCGGCUCAGCGGGUGGCAGCCGAAAGCAACAGGAUGGAGAGGAGGACCGCAUUUCCAGAAAGGAGCAACGCGUUGCAGUACGCCAACUCGGAUGAGGAAGAAGAUGGCUACGACUCGCCCAGAGUCAAACGAAGAGGUGCUUCGGUGGACGACUUUUUGAAGGGCUCUGAACUCGGGAAACAGCCCCACUAUAGCCACGGGGAGGAAUAUCACACGGAAAGCAGCCGAGGCUCUGAUUUGUCGGACAUCAUGGAAGAAGAUGAAGAAGACUUAUACUCAGAGAUGCAGCUGGAAGAUGGCGGGCGGAGACGAGUUAGCGUAACCUCGCAUAACACCCUGAAGGAAUGCUAUCAGCAUAUAACCACUGAAACAGCUUUCCAGGAGUCUCCCAAUUUUGCCCGCCACCGUAAAAAACUGUUCAGUAUCCCCGAAGUGGCGGAAGAGGAGGGCGAUCACGCCGAACGUUUCCACAAGCAGGGAUUACGGAGGCCCCACCAGGCCCUAGCUAGAGAGGGUAGAUCGACUAAGGCCUCCUGUCAAGAGCAUCCUACCUUCUGGCACCCCGCCACCAAGUCACGGAGUUUGGAGGACACCGAAGAACGGGGUGGUAGACCCAGCAGGCCUUCUACCCGAAGCCCAGAUAGUGGUUUGGACUGUGGCAGCGAAGAAGAAGAAUCACGGUUUAAUUUCCCUCCGGUGCAUGAGACCUUGGCUGCCCGUAUGUCCCCUACCUGCAGUCAGGAUGAGGACAGCUCUUCCUUGGCUUUACGGCCGCUCUUGGCCCGUCGGAAAACUUUAGUCCGGCAGAGUAGCGUUGAAGAAGACUUUGGAGACCCCAUCCAGCUCUUUGUGGACUCUCCAAACCAGGAGGACCUUCCAGCUUGUUACAAGAGGAAGCCUGAACAUCAGGGAUGCUGUAGAGCAGGACAUUUGGUCCAUGAAGAUGCUGAGGGAGGUUGGAGUAGCCCCUCGAUAGAGAACGAAACGAGACUCGCUUCUCUUCCGCUUUCAAAACAUCCCUCCCGAAAGUCCGAAGCCCCACCGCUCUUAAGUAAGCCCAUGUCAUCCAGGCGGCCGGAUCGAGGGGAGCAUCCAGAUCGAAGAUCAUCUCAUGGCACUUCGGGCCCUCAGAGGUCAAGGCCCAUCCAGGCCCCUUCUAUGGAUGGGUACAGUAGUCGCGACCGCCUGUCCCCAGAGAUCUACGAAGAAUCAGAAACUGAUCCUGGAGCAGAAGAGAUGACCACGCGCAUAUUUGUCGCCCUCUUUGAUUAUGACCCACUGACCAUGUCUCCAAACCCUGAUGCAACCGAAGAACUUCCCUUUAAAGAAGGACAAAUUAUCAAGGUUUACGGGGACAAAGAUGCCGAUGGGUUUUAUCGGGGGGAAACUUGUGCGAGACUGGGCCUUAUUCCUUGCAACAUGGUUUCUGAAAUCCAAGCGGACGAUCAGGAAAUGAUGGACCAUCUUCUGAAGCAAGGGUUCCUCCCUCUGAAUACCCCAAUCGAGAAACUUGAAAGAAACCGAAGAAGCAGCCGUCCGCCUGGCUCGGCCACAAGAAGAAUGGUUGCGUUGUACGACUACGACCCAAGAGAAAGCUCUCCUAAUGUUGACGUGGAGGCUGAGCUCACAUUUUGUACUGGAGACAUCAUUACUGUCUUUGGAGAGAUUGAUGAAGAUGGUUUUUAUUAUGGGGAACUUAACAACCAGACGGGUCUCAUUCCUUCGAAUUUUCUUGAAGAAGUGCCUGACGAUGUAGAAGUCUAUUUAUCCGACGCUCCCUCGCGAUACCCUCAAGACGCGCCCAUGCGUACAAAAGCGAAAAGGAAGAAGAGUGUUCAUUUCACACCUUAAAAAACGGGCAACGUUGCCUUCACGUAAGUGGUGCAACUGAAGAUACCAGUAGUUAACUUGGAUUCCUCUCAAGUUGGCCUUCUCUAACGCGAGCCAUCUUGGUUCCCGUGAGGGGUGCCGAAAAAAAAAAGAGAAAUAUGUCUCCAAAUUCUUUAGCCCUGGUUCCAGAUUCUUUUGGUUUUUCUUUUUAAAUGAGGGCUGCCCUUUCCCAAUCUGAUGCCUUCCAAGUACGGUGUGGGCUACAAGUCAGUGGUGGGUUCCUCCCGGUUCGGUCCGGUUCGGCCGAGCCGGUAGCGGUGACGAUAUGACGUCACCGAACCGGUUCUCCCCCCCUGCCCUCCCCCCCCACAUUAUUCUUACCUUUUAUUUGGCCCCACCCCCAAUCUAUUGCUGCCUCCUGAGUCCCAGCUGAUGACUAGAGGGAAAAAACUGUUUAAACUCUUGCCGCGGGGCUUCAAAGGGCCGUCCUACAGCUGAUCAGUGUUAAAAGCAAACAAAUGAGUCAGGUCAUAAGUGCGAGGACCUUCCAGAAAUGACUCUGACCAGCUAGCCAUGCCCACCUAGUCACAUGACCUCCAAGCCACACCCACAAAAUAAGCCACGCCCACAGAACCAGUAGUAAAAAAAAUUAGAACCCACCCCUGCUACAAGUCCCAUCUCCCCCAAGGGGACCAACUGCUAGUCCGGCAGCGAUAGAAGGCACCGAGUUAAGAAAGGAGAAUUUCUGAUUUAUAAAAGAAAUGCAGAAGGGAUCUUGCAUCCAGGGCUUUAACCCACCGAGGGAGAAAAAGUUUGAAUAUUUGGAACAUAUUUCUUACUGGCCUUAAUGCUUGUUUGCAUAAAGAGUGUUCCCAGUGUCCGAUCCCAAAGAAAAGCUGCAUAUUGCAUUGUUAGCUAAUUGGGGGAGAACGAAAAAAAAAAACAACACCACAAAAAUUCGUUGCUGAGUAAUCCCGGUUGUGCUAAACAACCCGGCCGGCAGUGGGAAGAGAGGACUUAAGAGUUCUUUCUUUUGAAAGCACAUUAACUUUCGACACCUGGUGAUCAAUUUGCCUUAAAAGCAGCUCUCCUGGUGUAUGGUUGUCCAUCUGAUCAUGGCCAAGUUCAAACGAGGUCGCUUAUGGAAGUGUGCUCCUCUGCCCAACAUCUCAGCAGCUCCUUGGUUGACCAAUGCAAUAAGCCGAAAGGAUAGCGGUGGGCAAACACAUUAAACGCUCCACAGAUGGUAUCUUCAGGUGUAUGUUGGGGUUGGACUGAGAAAAGGGUCCCUUUCGGCUUCUCCCUUCCCCUCCCCCCCCCCAAAUUAGACAAGACCUUGAUUGAAGAUCAAAGCAAGCUUGGGACCUCCUUGGCUUAAUGAACCCACCGAGAUGUCCAAACGGAUGUAAACAUGACAGAAGUUGGGUGUUGUUAGCAGCUCCAUUUUGGGGUUUUUUUUUCCAACUCGGUGAAGCAAUUUUUCCUCACGGCGUUAUCCUCUUCAAUGCCAUUGGGCAUGUGGAGAGUGCCACCCAACCCAGAAACGUUUAAUCAAAGGCCUCGGAGAGCUUUCUUUGAUUGUGAUUAAGGUUCGUUUUAGUUUGGUUUGUUUGGGGUUUUCCCCCCCUUUCCACCAGUGUGCCAUCUUCUCAAAAUAUGUCCUGACAAGAAUGCUAAAGGUUGACGAAGGGUGGUGGUGGAUUAAGAAGCAUGGAGGGAAGCAAGGGCUAGUCUGAAUUCUUCAUAACCCUGGAGGAUUCUUCCCAGAAAUGGGUUAGUUGACUUAAGACGUAUGCCACGUGCGAGUCCCCAGAUCCCUCCUUGAGAAACAAAGGAAAUCCGGGCAAAAUCCAGAUCCCUCUUUAAAAAUAAAGUCAUUUUGCAGAGGCUUUGUUCUUCCAAAAUAGGCAGAAGACUUCAGCUAUUUAUGCCGGGACUUUAAACAUAAAUCAACCCAAUUCAAUUUACCACGUAAAUUUUGACACACUCUGGGAAAGAAGACGGGGUCUGUCACGUGGCAUAUUUGAAAGAAGAAAAAAUUCCUGCCCCUAAAAGGUGUGUGUGUGUGUGUGUGUGUGUGUGUGUGUGUGUGUGUGUGUGUGUGUAAUGCAGAGUUUGUCAACUUUUGGCCACUUUUAAAGACGGGUGGACGGACUUCAAUUCCCAGAAUUCUCCAGCCAGCCGUGGUCGAGAUUUGAGUGCUCUUAGAUCAGUGCAGAGAAUUCUGGGAGUUUGGAAGUCCCGCCCGUCUUUAAACAGGCCAUGAUUGAGAAACCCUGGUUUAAUGAAUGACACACACAAAAAAAAGCUUUCUUGUUGUCCGUGACUGCAACCCUUCAGUUAACUUAACAAAUAUACCUAUCAGGUUCCUCCUGAGAACACAGGUACACCACCAAGGAGAUCACCAAGCCCCACAGCCCAUCUCCACUCGGGGUCACCUCUGCCAGCUAUGGGUUCUGGUAGUCCCAGGCGAGGCAGGGAGCUGUCUUCGAGA